AUGACAUUCACCGAGGAGAAUCACGCCGGGAUGCUGCCGACUGACUCACGGUGGACCGUGACCUACGCUAUCGCGCCGGCCAAUAACGCGAUUAGCAUCACCUUUGCCCUGCUGCAGAACCGGUCUCUGCUGCUGGCGCAGCAAGAGGCCCACAACAUGGUGCUUGUCACCACGAUUAAAACCAUUUUCGAACUCAAACUCAUCGAUCAGGACGAUGCCAACGCGGAGGAGGACGACGAAUUCGUGCGGUUCAAGACAAUACGUGUCCGGACCGACCACCUCGUCACCCUGAUCGAGGACGAGGGAUCAAUGGCCCGCGAUUACUUGCUGUGCUUAGAUGAGGCCGAGAAGGCUGUCGUCCUGAAGCAGAUCGUGGCCUAUGCGGAUAUGCUGGUGAUAGACCUGAAAGCCGUGAGGGCAGAGCGAGAUGACAACAACUUGCCGCGGGAGCUCGUGUCGCCACCGGUUCUAACUGGUGAGCUGAUCAGACUUCGGCCGGCCUACUUCAUUCGCGAUGUGCUGGACCCACAUCGUGAGCGUAUUCUACGCUUCUGGUCUGCUGAGGACAUCGACCAGUUCGAGAAGGAUCAUCGCCAGCUGGUCGCCGCCUACAAGAACGGUCCCAUCCUGCGCUGUGCCAUCGACGAGCACGACGUCAAGACAACCUUUGACGACGCCUGGGACGUGGCGCCUGGCAAAUAUCUGCGACUGCGCACGUUUUGCGGUGGACUGGCGACCGCGGACUCGAACAGGACGGACCUGAUGCAUUUUUCGCUUGAAGAUAUUUUCCAAGCAAAGCAGUGCGCUUUGCUGCAGUGA